GCAGAUUAGGCAAUAUUGCUGCUUUCGAAAUCAGCAUGAUACCAUAACGACUAGAGUAGGAUCAAGACGCAAGGUGCUUUUCUAGAAAGCAACUCAGCUGACCAUAGAGAGGUUUGCAAUACUUUUCAAGAAUUCGUAAAUAAAAGUAAAUAAAUAAACAAGACGUACAUAACCCACAGUUAGGCUUAGAGAACAUCGAAUACAUCAGUACACUAUUGUUUGUUCUAGUCUACUUUCUUAAGUAUUCACUGAAGAAGAUAUCGAGGGCCUAGGAGCUUUUGAGACACGGGAAGAAAAGUGGAGACGGAAAACAACAUUUCAGGAGAAAGACUCUGAAUGAACUUCAAGCUCUAGCGAAGCUCGUGUACUAAUGUUAAACGAUAGGAUACUGUUAGAAGAAAGAAUGCCUUCACCAAAAGAAACUUCUAGUCUUACAAAACAACAAUGCAACGAUUCCUCCACCCUCUCCUCGCCGCCACAGACAGAUGAAGAGAUCUUAAGAAACGGCAGUAUUGGUCAAACGAAACGGUUGAUUUUACCCGACAAUCCGGGGGACCAGUCCCCAAUGAUUCAGAGGCACGAUCAUCAAGGAGCAACGGUCUUUGUGAAGAGAAAGCAAUGGUUAAACACAGAGAAACAGAAACUGAAUAUGGUGGAGAACCCUGCAAAUUCAGACGAUUCAGGAAAGGUUCUCCGAGUGGAUGUGGGCAACAUCAGUGUUCAUUUACGCAAUCCUACUAUCCUUCGUCGCCGGACACGUCUGGAGAGGUACCUGCUCGUAGCCGUGGUCCUGCUUUUAGUUUUAUGUACAGUAUUUGUAUAUCUAGCGGUUAGUGGACCUCAAACUAAAGAUGAUAUUUGUCUUUCUCCAGCAUGCAUAAAAACAGCGGCUUCUUUGUUACUGGCUAUGGACAAGACAGUCGAUCCUUGCGAAAACUUUUUUCAGUAUGCUUGUGGCACAUGGAACAAACGCCACGUGAUUCCAGAAGACAAAAGUAGUAUAAGCACUUUUGAAGUGCUGGCUGAUCAGUUGCAGAUCAUAUUAAAAGGUCUUUUGGAAGAAGCAGCAAAUCCCUACGACAACAGCGCCACCGUAAAAGCGAAAACAUUCUACAAGUCUUGUGUUAAGAUGGGCCAGAUUGAUGCUAUAGGUGACAAACCACUUCAAGACAUCAUCAAGAGUCUUGAAGGUUGGCCAGUAACCAGUGGUAACUGGACCGAACCCUCGUGGCCAAUCGAGAAACUACUGGGUCUACUUCGUGGCGAUUAUAACAUGGGUAUCAUUAUUGAGCAAUGGGUUGGACCUGACGAUAAGAACUCAUCGGUUAAUAUCAUACAGUUAGAUCAAAUGCCACUUGGCCUUCCAAGUCGAGAAUACUACCUGAAAAGAAGUAGUGAGCGUGAGAGAAAGGCUUACCUUAAAUUGAUGAUAGAUGUCGCUGUGCUAUUUGGAGCAGAACGAGAGUAUGUCAAAACAGAAAUGGAAGAAGUUUUGAAUUUCGAAAUUCAAUUGGCCAACGCUUCAAUACCUAAAGCAGAUCGUCAUGAUGCUGGCGUCAUGUAUAAUAAGAUGACAGUUAAGGAACUGAAUGAACUCGUUCCUCAGAUUUCAUGGCUAACCUACCUCAACAGUUUCCUACCCAUAAAAGUUGACGAGUUUGAACCAGUUGUUGUCUACGCACUGACGUAUUUCAAACAACUGGGCCAAAUUGUUGCCAAGACUCGUCGAAGUGUCAUACACAAUUACGCUAUUUGGCGAUUUGUCAACGAAAUGAUUCCCCAUUUGAACGGAGAGUAUACUCAGAAGCUGUCCGAGUUUCGAAAAGUUCUGUUAGGGGUCUCUGCUAAUCGCGUGAGAUGGAGCCAAUGCAUCGACCUGGUAAACAAGAAGAUGGGGAUGGCAGUAGGAGCGCUUUUCAUUCGAAACAAUUUUGACUUAUCCAGUAAAGAAACCGCUUUAGAAAUGAUUCAUAACAUCAGAGAGGCUUUCAAUGAACUACUUGAAGAGAACGAGUGGAUGAACGAUGAAACUCGCACCGUAGCUAAAGAAAAGAGUAACGCUAUAACCGAGAGAAUAGGAUAUCCUGAACUUCUGACAAACCCCGUGGAGCUGUCAAAAGAAUAUGAGAUGUUGGUUGUUCACGAAGACCUUUUUCUCGUUAAUGUUUUGAGCGUCCUUAAUUUUGAAGCUUCAAAAAAUCUUCUUAAACUUCGCCAACCAGUCAACAAGGAUAAGUGGACGACAGGGCCGGCAGUUGUGAAUGCUUUUUACAAUCCGAAUAAAAACACUAUUGUUUUUCCAGCUGGUAUCCUUCAGCCAUCAUUUUACAGUCACUUUUUUCCAAAAUCACUGAACUACGGAGGAAUUGGUGUGGUCAUCGGUCACGAGAUUACUCAUGGUUUUGACGAUAAAGGUCGCCAAUUCGACAAAGAUGGUAACUUAAAACAAUGGUGGGACAAUGGAACAAUUGAAAGAUUUCGAGAACGUGCACAGUGCAUCAUUGACUAUUACUCAAGUUACGUUUUAGAGGAUAUAGGUCUGAAUGUAAAUGGAAAAAUGACCCAAGGAGAAAACAUUGCAGAUAACGGCGGACUAAAGCAAUCCUACAGGGCAUACAAAAAGUGGGUACAGAAACAUGGAAAGGAACCACUACUACCAGGUCUUCAUCUCACUCAUGAUCAGCUGUUCUUUCUAAACUAUGCCCAGAUCUGGUGUGGAACUAUGAGGCCAGAGGACUCACUUAGCAAGAUCCGAUCAUCCGUUCACAGUCCAGGGCCAAUAAGGGUUCUUGGGCCCUUGUCGAAUUCGUACGACUUCGCUCGAGCCUACAACUGCCCUAGUGGGAGUCGAAUGAAUCCCCAAAAAAAGUGUUCAGUAUGGUGAGCUCAUUGGACGUCGCUACAUCCUAUAAAACACAAUUCCACUACAUGUGUUUGAUAAAAAAAUAAUGCAGCCUUCCAAGUUUAAUUGAAAAAGUGGUAUGGAAGAGGGAAGGUUAUGAAUGUAAAAUUGUUUACUAAAAAUAGAAUUCACUAAGACAGUAUUAUAAACAAAUUAAACGACAAACGAAACUUCUACAAGUUUUAUCGUUUCUCAAGAAGACAUCUUAUAAUAACUGCUUCCCUUUUUGUUAAGACAUUUCGUUUCUUCGUGAAAUGAAUAUAAUUAUUAAGAUAUGUACAUGUGUGACCAAUUUCAUUUUCUCUAAUAAUGAGGUUUGCUUAAUCAGCCAAAAAGCUUGUAGUUUUGAAGUGUGGUAGGUGUGGAAUGAGGACCUAAUUAAUAUAUAAGUCAAAGUCAAAUUUUACGUACACCUCUUUUAUUCAUUCCAUUUAAAAGCGAUUAUGUAAAUAAAAAAAUUCAGUGUGAAAUCAUUUUUAAAUCAUCACGUUUUAAAUGAGAAGAGUACUUUCCUUGUUGUAAUUGACCGUGUACCCAUUUCAAUGUUAUAUAUAAAGAUGUAAAUAAUUAUUUCCUUUUUUACGACGAGAGUAAAUGGACUCCACGAAGUUAUAUUGUUAUAUCUAACAUAAUAUUAUUAUUAUAUAAGUUAAAUUGCACAAAGGUGUAUAUACAGCCAGUUCUGUUUACUUCAGUUACAAAAUAUUUAAAUUGUUACUUGUAUGACUAUAUUUUUCACUAUAAGUUAGGAAAUUCCUUAUCCUCGAAUUACUACAUAUCUAAAAUUGACAGAAAUGUGGAACGUCAACUCAGGUUCUUAAACUACAGCAGAAAAUCUAAUUUUUAAGGGAAUACUUGCUAUUCUUUUUGUGACAGUAAACAGCCAAGUAUAUUUUUUGUAUGUUUAAUAGCUAUGCUAAAAGAAAGUAAAACAGAAACUGUACUUUCAUUUAGACUUUUCAAUUCCAAAUGUUGCCACAUUAACAAAGUACUUAGGGUUCCGGUUAGAGACAAUUUAUUUCUUACAGUUUAGACAAAUUAGGAGAUGUAGUGAUAAUGACAUAAUAUUAUAAGCUAUAUAUCUCUUGGGACUUUAACGUUAAACAAGUUUCAUAGAAGCUUAAAUUUUCUUUUCAAAAUAAAAUUAAAACUUACAGUUUCGCUCAAAAUCGUAAAUCCCUUAAAAUGUUUUUUUCUUCUCAAGGGGAAAUUAACGUGCAAUAAAAUAUUUUGUAUGCUUUACUUAAAAUGAGGAUCUCGUAAAAUUUGGCAGUGAAAUUAAAAGACUGAAACGAAAUUUAUAUAGAGGAUAAAUGUACCAAAUUUCAUGUUCCUGAUGAUAGGUUAACAGCAGACAAAUAAACACCUUACGUUGAAGGAAUCAACAAGUACUGACGAUUAGAACCAUUUCUAAUCAGGUAGAGAGAGAUAAUGUUUAUUGAUGGAACGUUCAUUCUUUCUUGGCUGAGAUGACCUCGUGGUUAGCGUUCCCAGGCUGUAAAUUUGAGUAUUCACAGUUCAUGACCCAUUACUGCAAUCAAUCGUCAAGACUCAGUGGCGAGAUUUGUUUACCUAAAGGAACCAAACUUUUUUAAGUGUGAUGUACGGUUUUUCUUAGAAUAUUCUCGCUCACGGAAAGCACGCUGAAUGGACUCUUUCAAGUGAUUUUCGGCAGUUAUUUGCAUUUCUAAUAAGUGAAUACUUGUCAUACUUUGACAGCAUUUUCGACUGACUUAACUGGUUUUAAACGUUGUAUCAUGAAGUUCGUUACACUGUUUAAUAGUGUUUUACAGGAUGUAUUGUCCAAAAUUAAGAAUUGUAGCUAUUUUACAUAUCGACUAGCCUCCCAGUGGCACAGCGGUAUGUCUUCGGACUUACAACGCUAGAAAUCGGAUUUCAAUACCCGUGGUGGGCAGAGCACAAAUAGCCCAUGGUGUAGCUUUGUGCUUAACUUCAAACAAAACAUAUCGACUUUUAACGCUUCUAGCAACCUAUAAUCAUUCCUCUCCCAAAUUCACAUCGUUUUGGCAUCUUGCACAAAUUUCAACAUUACUAAUAUACAUAUCUGACGUGUCUCUGUAUUGAUAUUCACGUCGUAUUCUUACUGAGCAUGCUUGAUGGGCCACAUCACAUACUCAAAGUGUGCAGCGCAAUGUAUAGCGUGACCUACAACCUCUGAGUAAUAUUUGACAAGAGUAUAUGUUUUUAAAUCAAACCUACUAAUAUUCCACAUUUAAACUCUUAGUAAUCAUUGUUGUGUUUUGAACACAACAUAAAUGUUAUAUUAUGAUAAAUUAAACGCAUAUAUUUGUUUGAAAGCAAAGUUAUUUAAAAUAUUGUUGUAUUUAUAUUAAAUGCAGAUUUUCUUGUGUAUGUAUUGAUACGGAUGUUGUUGUGUACGUACUUAUACGGAUGUUGUUGUGUAUGUACUGAUACAAAAAUAUCUGUUUGUAUUGAUGUAGAUAUUAUUAAGUACGUAUUGAUAGGGAUACUGUUGUGUUUUCAUUAAUACGAAUAUUAUUGUGUAUAUAUAGAUACUGAUACGGUUAUUCUCGUGUGUGUAUAUUUAUAUGGGUAACAUUAUAUGCACGAUAUAGAUAUUGUGUAUAUGUACAUAUAUUUAUUUAUUUAUACAGAUAUUCUUGUAAUUAAGUUAAACAUUGUUUUUGAAAAACCCUUUCUGGUGAAAUGAUUGUGUAAAAUAUUUCACUGUAACUACGACUGUUAUUGGAAUUCGACGAAUUGGUAAACAAUGUAUAAGAUGACCAUAACGUAUCUUGAUGUUUGUACGUAGCUGUUAUCGUUUUUGUUUCCAUAGUAUUCUUGAAAAUUAUUGUGAUUUAUCUUUUAGGGUCAGUAUAAUGUUAGUAAAGUAUGGUAGAAGUUGGUUGUAACAGAUAUAACUUUAAAUAAAUAAAUGAUAAAUCAUAUGCACAUAUGAUUU